CACACACACACACACACACACACACACACACAACCACUAUACAGGACCUUACAGACGCGCAAGCGUGGUCUUUUAGCGAGCUUGAGUCGUCAUGGCUGCGGGAGGUUUGAGGCUUGCGCUGGUGCUGCUCGGCAGCAUCUUCCUGAUUCUGGGAAUGUUCUCGCUCAUGCACUCAAGCACCACUGCGCAACGUGACCUCAGAGCCAUCGAGAGCAUCACGCAAGAACAGACACAUACACUAGCAGCUCCCACACGCGCGCCAACGGUUGUCACCAAGGCGCGGCCAUCCCACGCCGCGAGCCCAAGACGCAAAACCAGCACCAGCAGCAGCGCAGGCAGUUAUGCUAAGCUGGCGGCGGAGGGCGAGCUUCCCAUGGACCUGAGCCUAACGGGUGACGCAGCCGACUACAGGCAAGGAGAAAGAAACGCAGAUGCAGAAACAGCCACGGCCACCAACGGGGCUGACGACCGAGGUACGCGCGCCGAAACAUCUGCUGCUACGAGCGAAAUGGAGCCCACCGCCGAGGCCCAAGACUUGGAUGACCCAUUGGAGAAGUACAACAUCGCCCGCAACAAGGACUACCCGCCGCCCAAACUGAAGGGCGUGGAGGAGCUCAUCGACAUGGGCUACGAGAUCCCCAGGCUGAGCUUCGACUACGACGACUCUGCAGAAGCACGCGCGGCGCGGGCAAAGGAGAAGGUGUCCGAGCUGGUGAAGGAAGGGAUGCCGGAUAGCGUGGCACGCCUGCGGGCGCAGCUCUUUGAGCGAGAGCUUGCGGACCGCAAGGCGCGCGCAGAGCACACGCGGAACCGGGCCGUCGUGCGGCUGCGGCAGGAGGCCAAGCUGCAGAAGGAUGCAGAGGAGCGGGAGGCGCGGUUGGCGCUCAUGCAGGAGAAGCAGAAGCUUGUGGCGGAGAUGCUUGAGCGAGGACGGCAGCAGCGGGACGAGGAGGAGCGGCGGCGGGACGAGCGGCGGCGGGAACUCGAAGAGCGCACACAGAAGCAGAAGGAGGAGGCGGAACGCGUGCGGCUGAUGAAGGAGGAGAUGCGGCUGGCAGAGCUGCGACGGCAGCAGAAGGCAAACGAGCAGCGCAGGAUGGAGGAGAAGGAGGAAAAGGAGAAGGAGCGAAAGAUGCGGGAGCAGAAGCUUGAGGAGGAGCGGGAGGAGAAGCGACGACUGGUGGAGGAGUUUCAGGCACUGAGGCAGCAGCAGAUGGAGGAGAACAAGAGGCGCGCGCGAGAGGAGCGCCUGAGGGAGAUGGAGGACUCGGCAAAGAUGCGGGAGCAGCACAAGCAGCGGGUCGGGUUGGUACCCCGGUAACUAGAAAUAGUCAAGCAAGGAAGCAAGCAAGCAGGCUGUGUGUGUAUGCGUGUGUGUAUGUGUAUGUGUGUGUGUAUGUGUGUGUGCGUGUGUGCGUGUGUAUGUGUGUGUGUGUGUGCGCGUGUGUG